GACACCCUAUAUACACGAUUAUAUAUAUAUACACUAACAUAUUAUGCAUUUGGUUUCUUAGAACCUCCGAGAACGUUUCCCCAGCAGGAUGCAGCAGUAACAAAUGGACCACUUCCACCAUCUUCGCCGUCUUCUCAACCUCAACCUUACAUACAAAUACGUGGGGUAGAAGUUGGCAUUGUUAUACUGGUGCUGAUUGUAUGGGCCGGUGCAAUAGCACUGUUCUUCAAUCGUUGGGGUAAAAUUCGCAUGUUGUUGCCGUAUCAACCGGAUUACAAGGAACAAUUGAAAGUUCCUGGUACCGGAGUUUGUACGGCGACCAAUACGGCGUAUCCUCAACAUUCGAGUCAGCACACCUGUUCCCAGCAUCAGCACUGGUCGAGCCAUCAUGUGGAUUCAUUGGACAGUGGCAGUGGUUUAGGUUGGCCAAGACCCACAAGGCCACGUGUCAAUAGUGCCAUUGAUGUUGCUGGUUUCCUAUCCCAGGAAUUCCUACGACGACAUGGGUCCACAUCAAAAUUAUGUCGAAAGGUUCGCAGUGCGGAUAAUUUGCCAUUGGCCUCGGUCAAUCGGCAAACUCAUCAUCAACGAAGAAGUUCCAGAAGCGAAGGAAACGAAGGAGAUCGUGAAUCCUUUUUGAAACCCAGUCAAGAAGAACAAGAAAGAUAUGAAAUAGCGAGUCCUAAAAGACAAGGUAGUCCUGAAAGUGGUUCAAAGGAUUUAACUGAGACAUCUUUAUUGGACUCCAAUUGUCAACAAUCCUAUUCAAGGGAUUCACCAAUACCACCGACAACGUCGUUGGUAGCAAAACGAUUCAGUGGGUGGCGAGUAGCAAGUAGUCACGAAUACGUUAAAUGUCCUAUUCAACAACCAACUUCUAUGGACGAACGAUGUUAUAGACGAUCGUGCGAACCGGAUAGCGGUUUUUUGUCGAGGCAUCAUCAUCAUCGGCAUCACCAUCAUCAUCGUUUAGAUGGGGAACACUAUUCGAAGAGUUACGAUUAUGCAAAACGUACACCAGAAUCUAGCAUAGACGUGAAACAUUUUGGACUACCGAUUUUGAGCGUUAGCGAACCAAGCCCACCAGAUGAGGAUGGUAGAGUCGACGAUUAUUUGUAGGAUUUGCUUGCCGAGGAUUUCCUUAAGGAACUCCUCGUAUGAUAUACUAUCAUAUCCCUUUAUAUUUUCAUCUAUUUCUCUAUCUCUAUUUCUAUAUCUUCCUUUCUUCGUGUAUUUUUCCUAUAUACAUAUAUAUCUACCAUAAGUGAGCAACCUGUUGUUGUUAAAACAAACAUCCGCAUAAACCACGAAUAGAAUAUCGAUUGAAAAUGAUACACAUUACUAUGAUAAAUAUAUCAAUCUAAUCUGUUUCAUUUUGCACGUAGACUUUCCUACGCGUAAUCAAAACAUAUUAAAUUAUCAAAUUUUGAAAAUAAUUUCAUUGGAAUUAGAACAAUGAUAAUUAUAUUAAUGCAAUGUUUCAUUUCAUGCAAUCAAUUUUCACAAUAAAAAUAUUACAAAUUAUUAAUAUUGAAAAUAAUUUCAUUUGAAUUAAUACAAUGGUAAAUAUAUUAAUGCAAUUAAUUUUUACAAUGAAAAUAUUACAUAUUAUUAAUAUUGAUAAUAAUUUCAUUUGAAUUAAUACAAUGAUAAAUAUAUUAAUGCAAUGUUUCAUUUCAUGCAAUCAAUUUUCACAAUGAAAAUAUUACAAAUUAUCAAUAUGAAUAUAAUAAUUAUCAAGUAAGUUCAAAAGUUUGUGCACGUUUGUACGAAAUUUUUAAAUAGUUUAAUGCACACGAACUUUUCAACUAAUCUGAUAAAUUCGACGAAUAAUAUAAUUAGGAAGAAUUUUGUCUCAAAAUGAUGAUUAAUAAUCAGGUUGCUCUAAACUCUCGUAUCUCUUCUAUCUAUAUAUUAAUAUAUAUAAUUAUCUUGAUUUAUUCAUUACUCCGAAAAGCACGAUCAACUUAACGUUAUUUCAAAUUGAAAAUUAAUCGUUUAUACUUAGGACAUUCUAAGUACGUAAGAUCGAUUUAUUUUCAAUGAACAUUUGACUAACGUUAAGUCGAUUUAUUUCAAUUAAAACGUUCGCGUGUAUAUGAGAUACCAUAAGAUAAGGUAUGAUUAGAACAAAUAUUCAUCAAUCAAAUUUGGCAGCUGUGUUUUUGUCAUCGUGGACAAAUUAUACCAAAAAAAAAGAAAAAAAGAACAAAAUAUUUUAUAAUGUGUAAUUAUAAAAUUUGAAAAGACAAAUAUUCAAAGUUUAAAGUAUAAAUAUCUCGUAAUACAUUCGAACUCGAUUUAAAUUAAUUACUUUUGUCCACGAGGGAAAAAAAAACACCCCAUAGCCCUCCCUUCUUUUUUUUCGAGACAAGCGAACAAAAUAAUAAAUAAUAAAUAAAAAUAGAAUCGCACCGACAACGACGACGAGCGUUCAAAUAUCUCGUCGCUUUUAUUUAAAAAAAAAAAAAAAAGAAAGAAAAAAAAAAAAAAAGAAAAAAAAAAUACACCAAAAGUGACAAUUUUAUUCUUCGAUAAAAAGAAAAUAAGGAAAGAGAAUGCAGUUUAUUCGUGAGAGAUGAUUCAAAGAAAAAAAAGGGACCAUGAUCGGUCGAAUCCUAACGUUACACGCAUAUUUACUUAUACAAAAUCUACGUUUAACCUUCGAGUGAAUCAUUCAGAAAAAUGAUAUCGAAAAGUGCAAGUAAAAGAAAAAAAAAAAAAAAAAAAAA